CUUGUAAAAGUAAUCAAUUUCUAGGACCUGAAGGAAAUGUGGAUAUUGAGUUGAUUGAUAAGAAUGCAAACAGAUACAGCGUCCACUUCCCCAUGGCUGGCUUCUAUCUAUGGCCAGCGACACACCUUGGCUUCUUGGUAACAGCAGCGGUGACCGUGAGGAUUGCAUUCGAUUCUUGGGGUCAGCAUCUGGACCUGAAGUUACAGCACGAGGAGCAGUGGAUGGUGGCAGGCCCUUUGUUUGAGGUCUCCGUGGAGCCCGAGGGGGUCAUUACUGAAAUCCACCUCCCCCACAUCAUCUCCCUCCCAGCAAAUGAGGUCGAUAUCUCUUGGUUCCAAGUUGCCCAUUUUAAGGAUGAAGGGAUGGUCCUAGAGCCGCCAGCCCGAGUGAAGCCUUUCUGUGCAGUCCUGGAAAACCCCAGCUUCUCUCUGAUGGGGAUCCUGCUGAGAAUCGCCAGUGGGACCAGUGUUUCAGUCCCCAUCACUUCCACGGUCCUGAUCUAUUAUCACUUCCACCCUGAAGAUUCUAAAUUUCACUUGUACCUUAUCCCCAGCGACUCCUUGCUAAGGAAGGCAAUAGAUGAUGAAGAAGCUAAGUUUCAUGGUGUGCGUCUGCAGACCUCACCCCCAGUGGAUCCCCUGAAGUUUGGUUCCCGUUACAUUGUGUCCAGUUCACCUCACCUGGAAAUAAUGCCCGAGGAGUUGAAAUUAUCCUACAGGAGUCCUGGAGAAAUCCAGGUAUUCGCUAAAGUCUAUGCUGGGAAGAUGGAGGAACCAAUUGUACUUGAAGUUACUGACAAAAGACACAAGACUUUGGUCUGGCGCACUUUGGUGAAGCCAGUGGACCUCAAGUUUCAUGCUGCAUUGGUCCCUCCUCCUUUCUCAGUCGUGGCCUUUAUGAAGGAGUACCGCCGGCAGCUGCAAGCCAGGCUGGGGGACCUGAAUGGAGUACUGGAUGAUCUUCAGGACAGUGAGGUCUUCACUGAGGAAGAGAAGGAGCUGGUGCAGCAGUUGCCAACACAGCAGAGGAAGAAUGAAACCUUGCUGAGGAUGGUGGAGAAGAAAGGGCCCCAGGCCCUGGAGAUACUCUUCAGGAGCCUUAAUCAAAGAGAUCCUUACCUGAUGUCCUACCUCAGCCAGCAGAGUUUACAAUGA